ACCAAACUUAAACUGUGCAAUGUCUGAAAAAAACACAAAAAAUGAAAGAAGUGCUGCUGGAGAAUUGCUUGACUCCCUCUACUUGGAUAUGUUUCAUCUAAUCGAAGCGCACACCCAAUGCCGUAUUGACAUUGAACGUACGAGCUCCGAUGGCUCAAUUCUCCUAGCACGAACCAAGUUCCAACAGGGAGGUCAAUCAUUAUCGACCGCACAAAUCCCAGCUGAAAAUAGUGCAGAGUUUAAUGCUCUAUGCAGAGUUAAAAAGGCUGCAGACGAAGACAUCAGCAUAGAGAGACAUCCGGUGGAUAAAGAGAACGGUUACGUGGAGCCUUUAUAUUGGUUCAGCGUAUUGCCCCCAAUGAGUUUACGGAGCGCAGUAGAUNCAAUUGAACUACAUAACCUUUUUAUUUGUAAGCUUUGUGCCCGUACUUAA